AUGCCUGCAGCUAAUCAUAUCCAGCAUCUGUUAUAUGUAGCGACAUGCAGUGCUUUUGUGUGUUUGGGGGUUUCCGUGGCCUUCCUCGGGCCGAGUUUGCCUGCGCUGCACGAGCUCGUGUCGGAGCGAGGCGGCGUCACGAAAGACGGGUGGUUGUUCUCGCUGGGUGGCAUCGCGUACUUCAUCGGGGCCGGUUUAAACGGCACGCUUGAUCGGAGUUUUGAAGCGAUGCUUCUAGAAAGCUUGCUUUUAACCGUGUCCUUGGUUGUGUCAGGUGUGUCACAAGCGAUGCUUCCGUUCUGUCGAAAGCGCUGGCAGCUUGGGGGUCUGCUCUUCAUCACUCGUCUCGGCGCCGGGUCGCUGGAUGUUAGCGGGAAUAGUAUCAUCGCCGCAUCGGGCAGCGUGGCAACGUCUUGGAUGCAGUGUCUGCACGCGUGCUUCAGCGUGGGUGCUUAUCUCGCACCGCUCAUCUUGGCGUUUUGGCUCCGCACGUCCGCGUAUGGGUUGUACCUCGGCUUUGCUACUUAUGCCGUUUUCGUGGUGUUCUCCUUGGUGCUCUUGUUUAUGUACACUGCGAUGCUGCGUAGAUAUGCAGAGAGAAACAUAUCCAGCUGUCCAACAGGCAACCGGGCUGUCGACGACAAGACCCAACUAGGCCCGGUCGUCGCGAGCGAAGCCAAGGCCGUCAUCAGCACCACCCGUCAACGCCUGGUUCGCAUGGCGCGCAUCACGCUCGUGGUCGUCGUAUUCGCGAGUUACGCUGGCUACGAGGUUUCCCUCGGCGCAUGGCUCGCUGUUUAUGCCCACGAGGCAGACGGUGCAAGCAAGGAGCUCGCUCAGGCGGACAUGGUGUCGGCGCUGUUCUGGGCGGCAAUCAUGUGCAGCCGGCUACUGGCGAUCGUCGUGUCGGUCUGGUUCAGCGCCACGACCAUUCUAACGUGCUGUGUGAUCGAGUCGCUGAUUGCUUGGCUGUGCACGCUGUGGCGGCUUCGCUCGCUUCGUGUCCUAGCUGCAUGUCUUGGACUCGCAAUGGGACCAGCCUAUGCAGCGCAGAUGAGCAUUGCAGUUGAGAUUUUUGGAGACCGCGAACGCUGCGCUUCCGAAGUUGCAACCUGGGGCACAAUUGGAUCGACGCUUGGUGAAGCGCUUCUCCCAUGGAUCGUGGGCAUCUUCAUGAGCCGCUUCGGACUCGUAUGGUUUCACCGUACGAUUAUGUCAUACGCCUUUUUGUGGUCAGCGUUCGCAGUGGCGCUCAUUUGGCGACGGCAACGGCCACAGACGAUGGACCCUAAAUCAGGCGCUUCUGGGUAA